AUGCUCGAUAACUUGGGCAACCGCUUCAUCUUUCCAGCGCCCCAGCCUUCCUAUGGAGCACAGUCGUACAAGAGGAAUUUGUGUUGGAUCCCUUGGAACAGCGUCAUCUCGCCCAAGCGCGUCGGGGAGGAGAAUGCCAGUGGCAUUCCCUGCCUGUGGUUCCCGGCGCCCAAGGCAGCCACGGUGAUCCUCUUCUUUCAUGCCAAUGCGGAGGACCUGGGAAUGUCCUUCGCGGUGCUCCGUCACAUCAGGGAUCAGUUCAAGGUGAACGUCCUGGCCGUGGAGUACCCCGGCUAUGGACUGCUUCACCACAUGGAGCCCUCCGAGGAUGCCGUUUACGAGGUCGCGCUGACCGCCUUCCGUUUCCUGGUGGACGAGAUCGGAGUGAGAUACUCCCAGAUCAUCCUGUUUGGGAGAUCCCUUGGCAGUGGACCAGCAGUCUUCCUGGCUGCCCAAUACCCGGUGGGAGGCCUGAUUUUGGUUUCGGCUUUCUCCUCCAUCAAGGCCGCGGUACAGAGUAUCGUGGGGCGCGUGGUCGCGUGGACCUUUGCGGAGCGCUUCCCAAAUGGUCGGAUCAUCGCGAACGUGUCCUGCUCUACGCUCUUCAUCCACGGGGAGUCCGACAGUUUGAUCCCAGCAGAGCACUCGCUGCGACUCUUCAAGCGCUGUCGUGCACGCAAGCUUUUAGUCACGCCGCCGAAGAUGGAGCAUAAUUCGAAUCUCUUCGGUGAUGCAUCGUUCCUGGCAGUGCCAGCAAUCCACUUCUUCGGAUUUCCCGGCUACUACACAGCUUCUCCGCCUCGGUUACAGGCGCAUCUCUUUGAAGAUCCCGCCAAGAGAGCGCGGCUACUCAAAGAGAAGAACAAGCAGGAGCCCCUUUCCUCGCUGACAAAGCCUUCCUGGCUUUGCGACUGCUUGGCCAAGGGCGAUGCUCAGCACCUGGAUGUGACCUUCUGCAGACAGGAAAAUUCUGUCGAGGAUAUCACCAUCCGCUUUCACGAGGCCUCCGCUCCGGGGGAUCCGAGUCAGAUCAAAGGAGACCUCGGGGACCUGCAGCCAUCGGAUGAGCCGCCGGCGAGCGAGAAGGCACCGCUGAAGCCGCAAAGUCAUCCUGACAGUGCCGCAGACAAGGAGAACGACAAGGACGCCGCGCUCUUCCAACAGGAGCGACAGGAGAGGGAGGAGCGUGACGGCCUCGCGGAGUUGAAGGUGGCCGAGGACAUCCCCCUGGGGCUCACCGGCACCGGAGGACGGGAGCCACGUCGUGAUGUCCUAUGCCACGUGAAUGCUCGAAGCAAUUGGGGCCUGUGUGUGGGGAACAACAAGUGCCACAAGUGCAACCUCACCGAGAACGUGUUGCCUACCAAUGCUACUGGUUUCCCUGAUGGCAAGCUUCUUUGCGCCGGUAGCGAUGGAACCACGUGCUCCCUGAUCGACAGCACCAGCCAGAUUAUCUUCAAGAACUUCAACGACUACCUGGAAUGCGCAGGCCAAUAUGUUUGCUCGGACUUCUGGAACGUGCAGAAUGCUGGUGCCGCCUGCUGCUUAUCUUCUCAAUCUCCUGGGUCAACUCAAGAAGGCGCUUGCACGGGUGCCCAGAUCUCCUUGAACCCUGACAGCGCCUGCAGGAACGACGUGUGCUGUGUGGGAGAGGACGCGUGCCUUCAGGCCACCCUCGAAGGCCUCAAGAGCAUCAACUGCACAGGAUCCGACACUUGCUAUCAAGCCGUCGUGAGCCUAUCCAGGGACAUCGUUUGCACCAGUGCCAGCACGCCUGGCAAUGCCGAUGCCUGCACCUAUGCCGAGUUCACCCUUACCAAAGGUGGCGACCAUGUUGUGAAAUGCCUUGGAUCGGGUGUCUGCUAUCAGGCGCAGUUCGACUUUGCUGCUAAUUCCACGAUCUCCUUCGAGUGCGACGCCAAUAUAAAUCCGUACCCCUGUUUCGAAACCAACGUUACCCUUCGUGGUGGUUCUUGCCUGUUUCUGCAGUGCCAGGACUCGAAUGCCUGCGACGGGUUUGUCGUGAGCAAGGGGGUGAGUGACCUAUGCUACUUCUCGGGAACUGGAGCCGUGCCGGCGGGCUGCAAUGCGACCAACGAGACGAAGCCGUGUGGCAACAUCGAUCCCGAUGAGAUCUGUUGUACCGGUGCUCGUCGCUGCGCCGACUGCUGCCCAAGAGCCACUACCACCACCACCACCACCACCACCACGACCACGACCACGACCACUAUUGCGACCAGAACCACCACCACUACCCGGACGACACCUCACACCUACUACAACAACUACUACUCUCGGUAUCGCGCACGGCACAGGAACCGUCGCCACCGUCGCCACCGGCGCCGGAACCGGCGUCAGAACAGCGGUCAACGGCACUACAGCUUGUGA